GAAAAAAUGGAUGAAAAUGGAUAGUUUGAUGAACAUGUUUACAUAUUCAAGAUGAGUUAGGAAGACCCAAGGAAUUCCGCUUGGUUGUAUUAUUACAGAUGGUUCCUUAAAUGGUAAAAUUGUUUUAUAAUGGACCACCGUUAAAGGACAUUCAUUAUGCAGAAAACUAGGUAAUUGGCCAAAUAUGAGUAGUGGUGUCAGUUCCCCCAACAUUAGCAUAGUUCCAGGAUCGCCAAAACCGUACGAUUACCUACUCAAGUUCCUCUUGGUUGGAGACAGUGAUGUCGGCAAGGAGGAGCUGCUUGGGGGAAUGGAAGAUGGAGCUACAGAAUCACCAUACGGAUUCUCUAGUUGUGGCAUUGAUUACAAAACUACAACCAUUUUGUUGGAUGGAAGGCGUGUGAAAUUACAGUUAUGGGACACUUCAGGUCAAGGACGAUUCUGCACCAUCUUCAGGUCCUACUCCAGAGGAGCCCAGGGUAUUCUGCUGGUGUAUGACAUUACCAAUAAAUGGUCAUUUGAUGGCAUUGACCGAUGGAUCAAGGAGAUUGACCAGCAUGCACCUGGUGUACCUAAGAUUUUGGUUGGCAACCGUCUUCACCUUGCAUUCAAACGACAAGUGAGUGAAGCGACAGCAGAGGCAUAUGCUUUAAAGAAUGACAUGGCCUUUUUUGAAGUGAGCCCACUGUGUGACUUCAAUGUGACAGAAUCUUUUGCAGAGCUAUCUCGUCUGGCUUUAAAACGGAAUGGCAUGAGUCGGACUUGGGGUCCUAGCAAAGUGUUGAGUCUUCAGGAGAUAGCAUGUCACACUAUUGUUGCAAGGACAACUAUAUAUGGCAUUGAUCAGCUUCCAUUACCACAAACGUUGAAAUCAUAUCUCAAGUCGUAUGCUCUCACCAACAAAACGAGAGCAAGAAUGCAGAGUUUCAUCCACCGUGACAAAUCAAAGAAAAACAAGUAUCUCAACCCCACAGACUCGCCUCCCGCCAACUGUCGACGGAGCUGCUGCAUCAGCUAACACACAGGGAUAUAUGGUGUUGUCCAGAACUACUAAAGUUCAGGAUAAAACCGCCAAAACCUGAUAAAGUUUCAGUUUUAGAAAGCUAUCAAGGUCAAAUGUUUUCCAUUUCUAGUGAUCUGCUAUAAAACAAUUACUUGCUGAUAAAGUUGGAAGUUUUAAUAGGAUCAAGGUUUUUUUGGUCAGUUUAGUUCAAAACAAAAAUGAUGGUUUUUAAAAGUGGAAAACUUAUAAGAUACACUAGUACUGAAUACCAAAUCAAUUCGACAUCUUUUAUAAAAAAUACAUCAUAAUUUCUUUGAAAUUAAAGGUCUUGUUUUAGCAUUACACUAAGAUUGGAAAAGCAUGUCUUCAUUUUCUUGAUUGCUUUAGGCAGUAGAAAACUUGUCGGUUCUAAUUGAUGUAAAGCUAGUCAGUAGGUAUUAAUUAGGUAUAAAGACUUGAAAUGUUGUGACUUAGUGUGGGAGGAGGUAUGAAUAGCUGUUACAGUGAUGGGUCAGUGUACUCGCAGCUGCAUCCCAAUGAUAAACGACUGUUCAGUGUGAGAGAGUUUAUUUGUGAGGGAGCCGGGAAGAAAUAUGUCUCGGUAACAUAUAGUGUUUGUCGAGAGAUGGGCAUGGUUUAAAUGACCUGAUCACUUUGUUAAGAUAGUUUUACCAACACAGCAUUUCAUUAAUGUUUAAUUGUUAAAACAGAAAUAGUAAAAGAUAUAUCAUUUCUAAAUACUUCAGCUGAACAUCUAUAAACAAAAAAAUCCAUAUUCUACAAUUGCUCAUUUUCAUAGUACUGUAUUAAGCAAUAAUUGAGCACUAAAUUUUGGUAUUUUUUAAAAUAUUUUAAAUUCAAUGUUGUCAUAUCUGUUUGUGACUACCUUUGAGGUAUAAGACUUGCCUUGCUGUUUAUAUUACCAUACCGCUAUACAGAUUCAUUUUUGCAGUCAAUAGUUUGUGAGGUUUGAAUGGAUUUAUUUUCCUCCUAGGUCAGUGUAAUGUCUAUGUAACCUGUCAUCCAAUUAAGUUGUCUUUAAAACAUCGUAGUCACUGUUUCUCAGUGUUUCAUAUUUUAGAAUAUAUUUAAUAGCACCUGGUGUACAGAAAUAUUUCUGUCGAUUAAUUACCAGAACAGAAAUUGGGUGUGACUUCUCAGCGCUAUACCAAAUUGCAUAAAUAGAUAGAAAUGUAGGAAACUUAUAUCGGUCUUAUAAAAUUGUAUUUAUCGGUUAACCUUAAAACAUUGUAUACAACAAAGAACAGUAAUUAUUAGAUACUAGUGCUAAGUUGUAACGUUUGUGUUAUGUGUAAAUAACUCAACAUGCUGUACAAAACAGUCUUAUGACAGUGCUAAGUUGUAACAGAUAUUUAAUAGGCCUGAAUGAUGCAAAACACUUCACUGUACAAGCAGUUUUAAGGCACUGCUUAUUUUAAGAGAAAUGUACACUUUUAGAGUUUUCAGAUGUCACAUGUAACAAAGACGAAAAAAAUUGAGAUAGACACAUAAUACAGUUCAAAAAGCUGAAACUUUGUGAAAUUGCAAUAUUGUAUGAUGUUAACAUUUGUAGUAUGAUUAGAGACACUCAUAACAUGGUACAGUGUGUCAGACUCACUGCAUCGUUUGAUAUGCCAUGUCUAGGAUUUGUUACAAAAUACAGUGUUAUACUGAUAUACAGAGGAUGAACGGCCAGUAUGAUGUCUUCCAGUCAACGUGUGAGUCUUGUCACUAAGAAGUCUCCCUCAUAUCAAUUCUUUGUGAUCUUUAAUGGUGUAUAGAUAAAUUGUAAAACUCAAUAAAGUGAAGUUAAAUCAAAAUAAACAACCAGACAUUGUUAUGUCUAAACAUUACUCACUACCGCAGUGUUGUUUAGUAUAAGGUACUGUUUAUUUGACAUAUCGGAUAACAGAGAGAAACCUAUUUGAAAUCCAUGCUGUACCGAUGUUAUUUCUAGAUAUAUAUAUACGUACAUUGUAUUUUGGAUAGGAAAGAUUAACAAAAAGUAAGUAAAUCAGAAACAAGGAUCAUAUUUAAAUUGAAAAUUUGUGUCACUAAGAAUAAAACACUGAAUAAUAUAUAGCAUCUGAAAAUGAACUGUAUGAACAAGGCAUAUAUACUUUAAUGUAAUUUUAUUUGUUCAGCUUUUGAUGUUUGCAACCUUUUAUUGGUGUUAUUAGGAAGACUCAUCUUCAUUAUAUUGUUAAAAUAUUUCUCCAAAUGUUUCAUUGAUAAACUUGUUUAAAAAGCAUUCUCAUUUUAACAUUUGGUAGUGCCUUUUGUCUGUUUGUGUCACGACCUUCAGUAUCUUGUUUGUGUACUCGGGGAGGGGUUAAGUGAAUUAAUUUUUGUUUAGUGCAUUUAUACUUAUUUCUUCAUACAUGUACACACAGCUGCAGCUCUGAUUGCAGGGCAGAUCCACGCUUGCCAUUUUUCUGUCAUGUAGUCACCCUUAGCUGUAGCUGUGUCUUGCCAGUAAGAGGUCAGUGUUACAUUGCUGUUGAAGAUUUCUAUACCAAAUAGAUCUUCUUAGACUAUAUCUGUGUAAUUUGUGAUCUCUUGAAAACAGAGACAUUCAAUUCUUAGUACAUGUACUAUGAUCAAUUUUGAUA